AUUGUAUUUAGAUAACAGUAUCAUACUACGCAUGCCUCACCACAGAGUUAUUAUCAAUAUCAUUACAAUUAUCAUCAUCAUUAUAUAUUUGCCAGGAAAAUGUUAGUGAAAUAAUAGGUGUAUAAAGCAAGUCCCGAAGAUGAAACACAAUGCCAAAGAUCUGCCGUAUCGCAAUAUUUCCAGCCAGGAGAACGCACUGGAGCGAGAGAAUGACGAGCUGUCGACCAAGAAAAAAUUCGGAUUCAUCCCGCAGUGGUAUUUUAGUGAAUUGUGGGAAAUCUUCAACAUCGCAUGGACCAUGGUUUCAGCAUCUCUUUGCUUCAUGCUGAUGGGACCCAUGAGUUUAAUAUUUUCAGGAAGGUUUGGUACAUCCUAUCUCGCUGGUUUAGGACUGGCAAACACGAUUAUAAAUAUUACUUGUAUCCUUAUUGGCCAGGGUUUGGCAUCGGCGUGCGACACAUGUUUUUCUCAGGCUUACGGCAGUACGAACAAAUUGAAAGCUGGUUUGUACCUUCAACGGUCAGUCGUGGUUAUCUUGAUGCUGGUUCUCCCGUGUUGGGCGCUUCUUUUAAACACUGAACAUAUACUUCUCCUCCUGGGACAGGAACCAGAAAUUGCGAGGAUAUCUGGCCGGUAUACACUGGCUUAUAUGCCAGCAGUACCAGGACACUUCCUCAACACAAUCCUAUCUAAAUAUCUCAGAAGUCAGAACAUUGUCAAGCCAAUAAUGGUCAUUGGAGCGGUUGGCUUGGCUGUGAAUGCGCUGUUUCAGUUUAUUUUGGUCUCUCAUUUUGGAUUUGGAGUAGAGGGUUCAGCCGUUUCGCAAAUAUUGGGUUUUUGGAGUAUGGCCGGGAGUACGUUGGCCUAUAUAUGCAUCUCAAAGGCGUACGUAAAGACAUGGCCUGGAUGGACGUGGGAGCUGUUUCAAGAAUGGGGCACCUUUCUUAAGUUGGCCAUUGCCGGUCUUCUAAUGCUUUCGCUGCAGUUCUGGGCGUUUGAGGCAGGGACAUUACUUGCUGGAACGCUUAGUGAGGUCCAACUCGCGGCACAGGCUAUCAUACUCCAAGUGGAGACGAUAACAUUUAUGAUUCCCGCAGGAAUAAGCGUAGGGGUAAACAUUCGUAUCGGUCAGCUACUUGGGGCGAACAAUCGAAAACAGGCCAAGAGGGCCGUGGUGGCCGGUUACACCCUUGCGUGGAUGGCUUCUUUGUUCAUUAUCAUACUGCUGCUGACCCUGCGAUAUCAUAUACCAAGAAUAUUUUCGCAGGAAAGUGAUGUGAUAGACCUAGCGGGAAAUUUAGUGCCCAUUGUAGCCUUCUACCAUAUUCUCGACUGUACUUCUUGCGUUUCGUCAAGAAUACUUUGCGGUUGUGGCCGGCAGGUAGUAGCAGCUUGUGUUGUCUUCGCAGGGAUGUAUCUAAUUGGUUUGCCUGCAGGGAUAUGCAUGAUGCUUCUGACAAACUUGAAGACGGCUGGUUUCUGGUGGGGUAUGACAAUUGCCUUGUUCUGCGAAACGAUAUUGUAUGUCACUAUUGUAUACAACACUGACUGGGAGAAACAGACGCAAAUGGCACAAAUCAGGUCUGGUGUAUUCCCGUCCAAACCAGACCCGAAGAGCAUAAACAGAGAUGACCAAUGCAGUGAAACCUGUUUGAAAGAAAGCGAUAUGGCUAGUGAUGAAAAGCGUGCAAUCAUCUGCAAUGGAUCACUGAAGAAGUCAGAAAGUGCUAAAACGAAACUAUACAGCAGCGAAACCACCUCAAGUCAACAAGAUGUAUCAGAAUAUGAAAUGCCGAAAGCUCUGACGUCAUCACAAUUAUUAUUCAGAAGGACAUUAUAUGCAUUCUGUUUACUGAGCAUCCUUGGAUUAGGACUAUUCACAAGACUUUACUUCGAGCACAAGCGAGAGAACACGAUAUCUUGUUCACCUUACGGAAAUGUUAAUGGGACGUUCAUCGUUGGUGAUGUCAACUUGACAAUACCAAUUUGUAACAAUACAACGCCAUCAUGA